GUUUGAUUUUGUAUUUUGCCCGUAGCUCUCACUUCCACGUAGCUCUCAGUUCUUAGAAACGAAUUUAGUGAUAGCACACAUUAAUACAAUAGUAGUUUCAACAACAAAUCGAAAAUAUGCCCAACUUUAAUGGAGCUAUUAUAGUGCACACGCUUCAGUUGCUGAACUCGCCGGCUACACUGCGAGAAAUCGUGGUGACCAUAGCAAAGAACACAGACUUGCCGCAGGAUGAGCUGAAAGGGCCGGUGAAACAAACCCUCGAGAUGGGCCACCGUUUGGGAUUUCUGCAGAAACUCGACGGUCGCUAUUUUCUGGUUAAAAUGACUUUCGACGCACUCAUUAAUGAGAUGCAUGCUCUGGACAAGGAGGAGGUCUUAGAGAAGCCAAAGAUGGUCAAAACCAAAAAGAAGUUAGUGCAGAAAAGUCCCUUACCUACGGGCCUGGAGAAAAAGACCAGUAAGAAGGCGGUCAAGAUCCCGGAACCGUUGGUAAAUCCAAAACCAACUGAAAAAGGUCGAGUGCAGGACACUGUCAGUUCAUCCAAUAUCGCAAAGCAAACGUCACCUAUGGUGACAAAGCCAAAGCGCUUCAAGUAGCCCAUAACACAGAACAGCACCACUCCCCAGGAAAACAGCGUAGUAACCCCAGAUAGUAUAAAUAUCUUUGCCCAGAGGAUCUUCUCCCUUGGGCGUUAGGAUGUGAAAAAAAUUAUCUGUUCUGUUGUAUAAAUAUUUGGCCGUAAUACUCAAAAGUAUAAAUUUUCUUAUAUUA